CGCAGGACUCAGCAUGUCAUUAACACUGACAGGCCCUUUCUGCCUCCUCCUCUUCCUCCUCCUCAAAUUUACAAUCUCAGCUCCAACUUCAGAAUCCUUCAUCUUCAACGGAUUCACCGACGCCAACCUAAAACUGGACGGAGUCGCAUCGGUAACCUCCAACGGCUUACUCAAGCUCACCAACACCACAGCGCAAAUGAAAGGCCACGCUUUCCAUCCAAGCCCACUUCACUUCAAAUCACCCGCCGGCAAAACCCUCUCCUUCUCCACAACAUUCGUGUUCGCUAUUUUAUCCGAGAUAUCCGACUCCAGUGGCCACGGCAUCGCCUUCGUGGUCUCCCCGACGAUGAACUUCUCCUCUGCUCUUCAGAGCAAGUACUUAGGCCUGUUCAAUAUUAACAACAAUGGUAAUGCAAGUAAUCACGUAUUCUCCGUUGAGCUCGACACAGUAUAUAACUCUGAGUUCAAUGAUAUUAGCGAGAAUCAUGUUGGCAUCGAUAUAAACAGUUUGAUGUCUAACAAGUCUCAUGAUGCUGGUUAUUACGACGAUAAAACUGGUGUUUUCAAGAACUUGACUCUGAUGAGUGGCCAGCCUAUGCAGUUGUGGGUAGAUUUCGAGGGCGAAGAAAUGGAACUAAACGUUACAUUAUCUCCAAUCCGAAUGCCUAAGCCUAAUAAACCCCUCCUAUCGACGAAAAUCGAUCUUUCUAGCUUAAUGCUCGAUUCGAUGUAUGUUGGUUUCUCUUCAGCGACAGGCUCAAUUCACACAACUCAUUGUGUUCUCGGAUGGAGCUUCAAGAUGAACGGAGAGUCUGAAAAGCUCGAUUACGAUAAGCUUCCUCCGCUUCCUCGUAAUAAAAAUAAAGACGGCGUGAAUGUUUUAGCAAUAUGGCUGCCUAUCGCUUCUACCUCUUCUAUGUUAUUCAUCAUUAUCGCGGUCUAUCUUAUUGUUCGAAGAAGGAGAAAAUAUGCUGAAUUACUCGAAGACUGGGAGAUUCAAUAUGGACCUCAUCGGUUCUCAUAUAAAGACCUUUUUCGAGCAACGAAAGGAUUCAAAGAGAGAGAGUUACUGGGGACCGGAGGAUUCGGUAGAGUCUACAAAGGGGUGUUAUCUCCUUCAAUGAUUGAGGUUGCAGUUAAGAGAGUCUCUCAUGAAUCAAGGCAAGGUAUGAAAGAGUUCAUCGCCGAAAUUGUCAGCAUCGGCCAGCUUCGCCAUCGAAAUCUCGUACAACUGUUAGGCUACUGUCGACGGAAAGGGGAACUUCUCUUAGUAUAUGACUUCAUGCCUAAUGGUAGCCUGGACAAAUUCUUAUACGAUGAACGAAAGUCUACUCUCAAUUGGGCUCAAAGGUUCAAAAUCAUCAAAGGAGUAGCGUCCGGUCUCUUAUACCUACACGAAGAUUGGGAGAAAGUUGUAGUCCAUAGAGACAUCAAGGCGAGCAAUGUGCUAUUAGAUAGCGAAAUGAACGGGAGGCUGGGCGAUUUCGGGCUCGCAAGAUUGUACGAUCAUGGAUCCGACCCGUCAACGACUCGCGUCGUCGGAACAAUAGGCUAUCUUGCGCCUGAGAUUAAUAGGAACGGUAAAGCAACCACUCUGACCGAUGUUUAUUCGUUCGGGGUUUUCGUACUUGAAGUGGUCUGUGGUAAGAGACCGGUUCAGCCUAGCGCCGAGAAUGGGUUCAUUCUUAUAGACUAUGUGAUUGAAAACUGGAAACGAGGAGCGUUGAUUGAGACAAUGGAUUCAAGAUUAACGGAGGAGGACUACAACGUCGAUGAGGUUGAUUUGGUAUUGAAACUUGGUUUGCUGUGCUCGCAUCCAAUAGCGGGAGUGAGGCCGAGCAUGAGGCAAGUGAUGCAGAUCCUUGAUGGAGAUGUUCGACCGCCGGAGGUUACGCCGGAUUGUUUGAGCUUUGGGAGUGUGGCUUUGCCGGCUGAUUUGGGGUUUGAGGAUUAUAUGAUGUCGUUUACUUCCAUUUCUCUGUCAGGAGGAGGCCGAUGAAUCCAGCGGGCUACUAUGUUUUGU